UCCUUCUCUUCCUCCUCCUCCUCUGUUCCUUCCUUCCUCCCUUCCUUCCUUCUUUCUCGCCGCGCCAUGCACCGCCCCGGGAGCCGCCGGAGCCACGAACAGUGCGGCGCCGACUCCGGAGCCGAGACCGGAGGGUCAGAAUACAGCUGUGUGUCAUCCUCCAGUGGUGAGCUCUCUGUGGAAGAUGUACCUGAUCCAUUUCUUGUUAGCAUGCACAUCAUUGCAAAUCCUGGAGAAUCCGCUCUUCUCCAACAAGCCAUCGAUAACCUUUUGACCUGGAUCCAUCCAGACCUGCAGCUCUUCCGUGUGUCAGAGAGGCGGCUCCCAAGGAGGCCUCGGAGGCUGCACAAGGCAAUAACUUCCCAGCCAGCCCUCGCUGUGAUCCUCUUCCUCCAAGAAGACUUUGAUGGUGAGCCCAUUUUGCAGCUCCAUGAGUCUUUUCAGAGUCCCCCCUGGCACUAUCAUCACACUGAGCGAGUGCAUGGAAAGUUCCUCCCUUACAUGCCAGGCAGCCAGGACUUUUUCAUCUUGGUCCCCGGGACUCCCUUGUGGGCCAUCCGGCCAGUGCAUUACGGGAAGGAAAUCAUACGCUUUACUGUCUACUGCCGGCACGAAAACUUUGCUAGCACCAUGAAGCUCUAUGAAUUAGUUCUGAAGAGACAGCCUCAUCAGCAAAAGGCAGACUUCUGUGUGUUCCCUAUCUAUUCUAACGUGGACAUAGACGUCCAGUUCUCUUUGAAGAAGCUCCCGAGGGGCCUUGUGCCAACUCCCACCGAGUCAGCUGUGCUGGAGUUCCGUGUGGAAGAUAUCCGGAAGCUUUUGCUGCUCUUGCCCUAUCCCUGCAGCCCCCUCAGUGAAGGCAGGUGGCAAACUGAGGAUCCUGAUGGGAAUAAGAUCCUUUUGCAGCAAGUUCAUUACAAGAGGUAUGCUCAGAAGAACAAGUUUUGCUGGAUGUCUCCCUUGAGGAACCAUCCUCUGACACCGCCUCCAACUUUUGUUCCUUUCAGCACCAGAUGGACUCUGAACAAAACCAAUGAUCCUUCCAAACCCAUUCAUUCAAUCACAUUGCACCAUGCCAAGCCCUGCCUAGGCGUUUCCCAGCAAGACUUGAGGAGCGAUGCCCGUGGGCGCUUUCUCAAAAGAUCCAGCACUGCCUCGACUGCCUCAGGUUCAUUCCAGCGAAGCAAGUCUCUUGUAUGCUUGCCCACUGUGAGCUCUUCUCUGACCUCUGAAUCUUUCCAUUUUAGUGAGCCAACCUCAUUAAGCAGCUUCUCUUCUGGGCACAGGAGAAGAGCCAAAGUGAACAUUGAUGACUUGGAGGGCGUUCAGGAGACUGAUGUCGACACGGGGAUGAAGCUGGCUUUCUCUGAUCUCUCUGUGGUUUCAGCUUAUUCGGCCCCUGCAAGUUUCAGUACUGAGAAGGAAGCAAGAACAGCGUCUCUUCCACACAAAGGGAUUGUUGAUCGAUUUAAGCAGGCCAUCUCUAGAAGGAAAUCUCCUUCAACCAAGUGUAACCUCCCGGAAUUUUCCUCCAGUUCCUUUACUUUUCCUUCCAGUUGGUCUUGCAGCUCUUCUCCAUCUCUGUCAGCUUCAUCAGUGGCACAUUUUGAGAUCAAACGUUUGCCAAAAGGAACAAUUUUUUCUUUUGAUGACAGCAGAACAACUGGCGGUGGAAGGAAAAAGGAGGAAGAAUUCUACAUCUGAAUUGCUUCAAUCUCCCCCUCUUUUUGUAUAGUUGUAAUCAUUUAAGAGCUAGAAAACAGAGCAAGCUGUUUCUGGAAAUUGUAAUCCAAAAAUGUAAUUUUUUCCACCUGCUAGAAAAAUUUAGUAGGAAUCAGCCUUCCACUCUAAGCUCAAGAAAAGGUGUCCAAAGGUAGUGCUGUGAUUCCCUAAUAUUCCUGGUGACUUGUGGUUUUGUAUGUGUCCCUCUCCCAAACUGCUGCAGUUUGGACAGGACAAGGUUCAGAUUUGCCCUCAUUAACCCAUUUUUCUUUAGGAUUAUGUCAUUUUUAUGCCUUAGAAAAAUGCUCUCCCCUCCUCUUCUCCCUUUUCCAGAAUUGGUGAGAUCAGACCCGGGCCGAUGGCAUUGCCAAAUUGUUCUGCCUUCCCUAUUUUUUUACAAUAUUCACAGAUGGGAGGAAAGAAGAAAAGAAGGAAAGCAAGCAAGCUUGCUUGGCAUCCUAUAGGGAAGUUACAUUAUCUUAGGUUUCCGCAAAGUUGAAUUGUGUAGUGCACAACAUUUUUAUAAUAUGGACACAGCUACAUGAUUGGUACCACUGCACAAGUGGAGCCAGCAAUGUCCUGAUGCACAAUGUGUCCCGUUGCACAACAGUUUAUUAGCAUGGUUGAGCAUUGUGUCCGUGUUGUAGCUCCAUCAAGGUAAAUUUAUUAUUUAUUAUUUUAUUUAUUUAUUACAAUAUUUAUAUCCUACCCUUCUCACCCAAUAGGGGACUCAGGGCGGCUUACAAUAAAACACAUAUAUAAAAAUUGUACAAUGCACUAUAAAACAGUUAAAAAUUAUUAACUUACAUUGAACAUUCAUAAAACACAUUCUAAAAUACAGAUGGGCGUGUUCAAUUUUAAAGGACUGGGUCUGUCGAUUGAGUUCCAGCGUACAUAAUAAUAAUUAACGCUGCUAAUUGUUAUUCGAAAGCCUGGCCCCACAACCAAGUUUUAACCUUCCUACAGAAGGAUAGGAGGGAGGGAGCCUGCCUGACUUCACUGGCGAAGGCGUUCCAUAGGCGGGGAGCCACUACUGAAAAAGCCCUGUCUCUCGUCCCCUCAGCCGCACGUGUGAGGCUGACGGGACUGCAGGCAAGGCCUCAUCUGAUGAUCUUAAGUUUCGAGGUGGGUCAUAAAUUCGCACAUUGUGUAGCCCACCUGAAUUAAUGACUGGGAAACACAUUGCCCUGACGGAGAAGGUCUACCAAGUUGCUCCAAGGAAUUAUCUCUUUUUCCUUACUCGUUUCUUUUCUUUUUUUAGCACAAGGAUUUUAUUACUGUGGAAUUUGCCCAAAGUCCCAUACUUUGGUGGUCAGUUCUAGGAAUAAUGAUCAAGUUUUCCCAUCAUUCUCGAUCGCCUUCUCCUUCCCCUCCCCCUCCCCUCCUCCACUUCCACUUCCUCCUUCUCUUUCCUCGUUUUCCUUACUUGUGAAAUAUCUGAAUACUUGAAAAUGCCACUGGGCAGAAGCCAAAUGGUUUUAUUUAAGUGAGAGUCAAGUCUCACUGAGUUUUUCUAGCAGAAUUAUUCAAAGGGGGAAGAGGAUUCCCUUUAACCUAGUGAGCACUCAGGAUCCAAUAGAACGCUAACUACAACUCACUAUUUGGUGCCAAUAAAUAAAUAAGCCACCAGUCAUUCAUCAGCCAUAUCUUUUCCCUAGUCUGCUCAUGAGGGAAUAAUAUUAGAUGGACUACUGUAGCAAUAUACAUAAAGCACUAAAAUGCUUUAAUUGAAUAUAUGUUUUUGGAUCAUCCCUUCCAAUGAAUCGUUACUAAAAAACUUUUCAUGUCAGGAGCGACUUGAGAAACUGCAAGUCGCUUCUGGUGUGAGAGAAGUGGCUGUCUGCAAGGAUGUUGCCCAGGGGACGUCCAGAUGUUUUGAUGUUUUUGUCAUCCUUGAGGGAGGCUUUUCUCAUGUCCCCAUAUGGGGAGCUGGAGCUGACAGAGAGAACUCAUCCGUGCUCUCACUGAGUUGGAUUUGAACUGGCAACCUUCAGAUCAGCAACCCUACUUUCAAGUCAGCAGUCCUGCUGGCACAAAGGGGCUCUGAAACUCAAUAGGGUGCAUAUAUAAAAGUCAUAAAAAGAAUGGUAUGGGUAACAACCAGUUUUAUUUUUUUUAAUCAGCUCUGUGAUCUUGCAUCAGGAGACAUAGUAUCUGCAAUAGUGUAGCCAAAUCUCUUGAUGCCACCCCCACAAACCUAUAUUUUAAGUUAUGCAACCUUCUCCCCAAAGAGGAAUUCCCAAAACUCUGGAGAGUAGGCAUGUACGAUCCAUAAAAAGGAUGGUUCAAAGGAACUUACAAAACUAGAAGGGUUUGUUUCUAAAGUGCUUCUAAUGUUUUUAGUGGUGAAAAUUUCCAAACUCUAGUGAGACUAACGAAGUUUCAUAAUUCAUUCGUUAAUGGUGGUCGUGCAUGCGCAUUAAGAAAAACAUCACUGUCAGUGGGAAACUUCAAGGGCUCCCAUCUCCGUCAUUUUUAAAGCUAUUGAAGUGAAACUUGCUACAAUGGUAGAACAUAUUUACCACUCUUUGCCCAUCAAAUUUCAUAACAUUUUGCUUAUCCAUGGAAUUUUGGGGAAUUUUAAAAGUUUUUUAAAACAACAUUCUUUAAAAAAAACUACAAGAGCUAGCUCCUUGAAUUUUCUAUCUAAUGACACAAGAUAACAGAGGAUUAUUCCCCCAAACCUUCAGAAAUACUAAUACAUCUACUGAUUUUAGGGAAUUUAUUAGUUUUGAGAAAAAAGAACUGUUUAGGGGGAGGGAAAACUUUCUCAUUCUGAUGCAUACUGGGAAAUGUAGUUUAAGGAAGAGCCUUUUGAAUUCUUUGGCAUAGGGCUGCUCCCCUUCCCAAACUACAUUUCCCAUGUUCUGUGUGUUCCCAAAAUGCAAUUAUCCCUGUCUUCAUGUGAGAAGCAAGCCAUCAUGAAGUCUUCAGGUGGAGAAGCCAUUAAACAGGGAAAGGAAUGGCAAAGGAGGCAGUCAGGUAUGGUAGCAUUAGCUUUCCUUAUUCUUCCUUUCACUAGUAGCAGCUUGCUUUCUUGCCUUGCACUGAAUGAAACUCACUGGGAGCAUUUUGAGCUUUACUAAACACUAACUCAAAAUUUUGGGGAUCAGCUUUGAUUCUUAAGUUUUUGGAGUGGGCCACGCUAACGUUUCGAAAAGACUUUUGACUUACAAAACUUCCGGUUUCUUAUGAUUUCCAAUUUUUUAUGAUUCAUUUCCACAUGUCUACUGGAGAGCAAGGCUAUGCGCAAUGUCCAAGCUUCUGCUAGUGAGGCCCCUUCUACAUUGCCAUAUAAAAUCCAGAUAAUCUGCUUUGAUAAUCUGAUUUAUAUGACAGUGUAGAAGAGGCCUGAGACACGCUGUGACUGGCAGAUCUCACUUCUGUCACAAUGUUUCUUGCUACUAGGUGAGGACUCAAUACAUUGCAUUGCUCAUUGCAUCGCUUCUAAGGUAGUUUUAGGGGGCAUUUUGGUCAUUGCAAUUGUGCAAUGUUUGCAAGUGGGUAACUUAAUAUGUUAUAAAUUGGGCUUAUAACAUCGUAAUUACUGAACGACCCAAGUUUUUAAAAUAUAAAUCCCAUUUUAAAAACAUCAAAAAAAUUAUAUUUAUUCUUUAUUUAUUACAAUUCCCUGUCACCACAACCUGCCAAACUUGCACUGAAAUGAAUUAAUGGUUCUGUUAUGUGUUUAUUUGUGUAUUUAUUUCAUUAGUAUGCCUCCUUUCUCCUGGAGUUCUUCCCAUGCUUUCCUUUUGUAAUAACACUGCAUAAUAUUCAUAAUAUAAGUGUCCAAUAGCACUUUAGUGUGUUUCAAGUUCUUCACAUAUUUAUACUUGCUGCAAUCAAACCAAUGAGCCUAAAGGAUAACAUAGCAACAUUAAUCCAAAAUAUUGAGGGGGGGGGGGGUGAUAAAGAGAGUACAGCUUAAAGUCUCAAAAUAAAUUUGUAGCACAAGCAAGUUUCACGCCAUGGACCUCCUGAUAUAGGCUCAGUCUCCAAUCCUAUUAUUGGGCAAAAGCCUUGCCAAAAUCGGUAGGACUUAUUCUGAUGGCUGAUCCCAUGCUCUGGGUUGUUUACUCUGAUAAAGCUCCAACCACAUUUCAUAGUGAAUUGGGAAUCUCCCAUUGCAGCCUUCGAUGGCACUGAAAAAGAUUUUCCUCGACAACAGUUUCCCCUGUAUCUUUGAAUCCAAAUUUGUUAUAGGCUCAACUCUAACUGUACAUUUUUAAAUGUCCUACUACUGAAUUAUGGUUUGUUUUACAUGCAAUAAAGGAAUAAUCUGACCAAAUGUACUGCUUGGUGUAUUCAGAGUAUGUAAACUAUUGUGUAAUUUUAUUUAUUUAUUUAUUGCUGUAUUUUGAGAAAUGUUUUUACACAUAAGCAGACUGUUUUUUAUCAGUGCUUGGAUGACUGAUUUGCAAAAGUAAAAUGUUUACAUUUUCUAACUGUUAACUUAUGACAAAAUGUCAUCUUGUGUUAUAGUAUUUUUCCCAUUCAUCUCUGUUGCAUGUGAAAUGUAAUUUCAGUAUAAAUGCGAAUCAGAAAAAGUUAUGUGUUCCAGAUAAUUUGUAUGUAAAUCAGAACAGGUACCUUUAAAAGUGUAACCCUAUAUCUAUCUAUCAAUCACACACAAACACACACACAUACUGAUUUGGGAUACUAUAGGGAAGGGUUAACAGUAACACCCCUGUGGUGUUUGUUUUGCUAUCUGUUUUCACUACUUUCUGUCCCUGUGAUAAUUGGAUUUUGAAAAAAUUGGCUUGCUGUGGAAACAGGGAUUGGUGAGAAAACUUCAGUUGAGACAUCUUUUCUCCCUGAUAACUCUUUCAGAAUUUCCCUUCCUGGAGGUAGAUUUCUCUCACCCCAUUCUUAACCAGGAGUCAUUUUUGUAAUUUGGGGACUGCUUGUAUAUAUUUUGCUUCUUUUCUGAAAUAAUUAUGAGAAGUGAACUAGACUGGGAUAUCAGCUUGGCACAAUUUUGGAAUAAUGGCUUACUUUUUUAAAAAUGUUAUUAUUAUUAUUGUAUUAUUAUUAUUAUUAUUAAAAUUCACAAAUAAUAUA